AACAUUUUGUAGGUACGCAUAACUGUAACAUGAAAUGGUUGGAUUUACUGUUACAAUUAGGAUCGUUACUCCAGGUUAAGACUGCAUUUAGGGUCGCAACCAAAAAUGGUUGGGAAACACUGCCUUAACCUCUCACUUCACUCUCCCUCUACUUUCCCAUCAUUCCUGGAUGAGUAAUUCAGCUUGGAGGAAUUACCAACGAUCUUAUCCCACCAUCUUCCCCACUGAUGUUUCUUGCCGUACUCUUAUCCCCAUCCCUCUAGAGUCUAGACUCACAGGAAACAUUUAUUCUACGGUAAGCCCUUUGAGAUACUCUUAAUGUCUUCCUGUCACCUAGAAGCAGUUAUUUCAUAUGUUAGAGUGAUCCUUCUCGUCUUUUCAUUUUUUUUUUUUGUUCGACGGGGGUUCGCUUAGAACAUUAGAUGGUGCUAUUAAUCGUAAACAAUUUCGUAAUUUGCAUAUCUUUGUUUUUACAUCCCUUACUUUUUUUUUCCUGGUUCCAUUUUAUCUACUGAUAAACUCUUUCGCCUUCUCACUUCCCUCAAAACUUUAACACUUCUUGCUUCCAACACACUACUAAACUCCCUCUUUCCUUCCACAUGUAACCACUACUUACUUCUCUUCCUACCUCUCGCCUUCCAAAAGACUUCCUAAAACAGCACCCCCCUCUCUCUCUCUCCUUCAGGCUCCAUCAGCAACAUCGACGACGGAGAGUACAAAUGCCGCGACGGAUCCUCCCCUGAAGUGCACUACAAGGUCAUCUCCGGGGUGGUGGGCGCCGCCUCAUCCGUCACCUCCAUCCAGGUGGCGAACCUCCUCCGCCUCUUCAGGAUUCCACAGGUGAGCUUCUUCUCCACGUCGCCGGAGCUGAGCAACAAGCAGCGCUUCGAGUACUUUUCACGCACCAUACCUUCCGACCACUACCAGGUGAAGGCAAUGGUGGAGAUCGUGAAGAAGCUCGGCUGGUCCUAUAUCUCCAUCAUAUACGAGGAGUCCAACUAUGGCAUUAAGGCUUUCGAAGAGCUGGAGGAUCUGCUCGCCCAAAACAACAUCUGCAUCGCCGUCAAGGAGAAGCUGGUGAAAGACUCGGGGGUGGCGGAAGAGGGCGCCUAUGACCACAUCGUACAGCGUCUUCUGCAGAAAUUUCACGCCAGGGGCGUGAUCAUCUUCGGCUCAGACCAGGAGGUGGCUGGGUUGAUGCGUGCCGUCAGGAGAAAUAACGCCACGGGGAGCUUUUCCUGGAUAGGCUCUGAUGGCUGGUCUGCGCGUUCCCUCGUGUCUUCUGGAAACGAGGCGGAAAUGGAGGGAACGCUGUCGGUACAGCCUCAGGCCAACCCAGUGCGCGGCUUCGACGAUUACUUCCUGAGCCUGACUGUAGAGAAGAACAUAAGAAACCCCUGGUUUGUGGAAUACUGGGAGAACAACUUUGGCUGCCGGUACCCCAACUCCUCUCUCACGCCUUAUAACGCAGCCACCACCAGGAAGUGCACAGGAGCGGAACAACUGACCGCCAAGAACACGCAGUUUGAGGCACAGUUACAAUUUGUAUCAGACGCUGUGAUGGCCUUCGCGUAUGCUUUCAGGGACAUGCACCGAGACCUAUGUGAGGGUCGCGGCUUGUGUCCUGCCAUGAACCCUACUGACGGGGAGAAGCUCCUUUCUUACCUACGGAAAGUGACUUUCACAGGCCUGAGCGGCGACAGGUUCAAGUUCGAUGACAACGGUGACGGGCCUGCACGCUACAACAUCAUCCAUUUCAAACAACUGUCGCAGGGCCGCUACACCUGGACCACCGUCGGCACUUUCAUCGAGGGCAAGCUGAGGCUCAAUAUGUCCGAGUUGCAGUUCAAGCUGGAGGAGCAGCAGCCACCCUCCAGUGUGUGCUCGCUGCCCUGCCUCAAAGGACAGGCCAAAAAAUACGUAGAGGGGGAGUCCUGUUGCUGGCACUGCUUCAACUGCUCUACUUAUCAGAUCGUGAACCCACGGGACGAGACGCAGUGCCUUAACUGUGCCUGGGGAACGCUGCCUGACGCUGAGCACCUGCAUUGCAACGCUAUCCCAGAGGUAUACAUCCGGCCAGACUCGUUGUGGGCGAUAGGCGCGAUGACGUUUUCCUCGCUAGGCGUGGUUGUGACGGGCGUUGUGGUGUGGGUAUUCGUCAAACACCACGACACGCCCAUAGUGAGAGCUUCCGGAAGGGAGCUAUCCUUCGUACUGCUCUCCGGGGUGUUUCUGUGCUACGCCAUCACCUUCCUCUUGGUACUUAAGCCCUCCACAGUGGUCUGCACUAUUCAGAGGUUUGGCCUUGGGUUCUGCUUCGCCGUGAUCUACAGCGCCCUGCUUACCAAGACUAACAGAAUAGCCAGGAUCUUUAACGCAGGGAAGAGAACGGCCAAGAGACCCUCACUCAUCUCCCCACGUUCCCAGCUGUUCAUCUGCUUCUGUGGCGUCUCCGUGCAGGUGGUGGUGACGAGCGUGUGGUGUAUGGUCAGCCAGCCCACCGCGGUUCAUCAUUAUCUGGUGAGGGAGGACAACUUUCUGGUGUGUGCUGCCUCCAUCAACGCCUCCUAUGUUAUUGCCUUCGCCUACCCCAUCGGCCUUAUUGUUGUGUGUACCGUGUAUGCUGUGCUCACCCGCAAGAUUCCAGAGGCUUUUAACGAGAGUAAGCACAUUGGAUUCACAAUGUAUACUACCUGCAUCAUCUGGCUCGCCUUCGUGCCCAUCUACUUCACUACUGCUAACAAUGUAGAGUAGCUACGCUUCACAGUCACCUCUGUUACCGUCUCCCUAUCGGCCACGGUGGCGCUGGUGUGUCUCUUCACGCCCAAGUUGUACAUCAUCCUGCUUCAUCCGGAGAGAAACGUCAGGCAAUCCAUGAUGGCCAAGUACUCCACUGUCAGGAGCACUCUGUCUUCUUCCUCCCAGCGUGUCGACUCUGCCACCCAAAGUGAAGUCUUCCCGCUGGACUAUGAGCUGCACGAUAAACUGACGACAGUGAGUGGGAGACAGCUCACCAGCUCCGCACAAACCUGUCCAACUUCAUGUCCCCUCCCGGAACAUAAGUGUGGCCCAACCUUCACAAUCACUCCCUCCGUAGCGACCUCCUCCUUCAACGGCCCUCUACAGGAUGUUCCGGACGUGUUAUUGUAAGGAGGAUGGAAGGUGGUGUGGUCUACAAACAGCUCAUUCCUCAGGCUGUGCUGGAUGUGUGGAAGGUGGAAACGGCACGAGUUUGAAUGUUAAAAGCAGGCAGAUAGAUACGAAUUUCUUCAACUGAAUGAGGGACUACAAUAAAGUGUCACCGCUAAACAUUUCAUCGCUUAAGAAAUUUAAAUAAAAAAUAUUAUGGAUUAAUCUUGAUUUUUCCAGCAGUUGGGGGAAACGCAGAACAGAAGAUUUUAUUCCUAUAUUUUUAUUUCUUUUUAUACAAAUUGUUAUGCACAUUAUUUUUUAGGUCAUUGUUUUGUAAAGUUUUCGUUGUUAGACAAAUUUACUCGUAUAAAAGAAAACUAGAUUUUAUUUUAGACGAAACUACAUCAUAUCUAUUUGACUGACUUUAAAUUUAACGUGCAGCAACAUUCCGCCAUUCAGGCUCUGCUGCAAAAUAUCAAAAAAAAUUUCUCAUAAAUAAGAUAAUGAUAUAUUAUUAUUAUUAUUCUGAUAAAUACUGUAAUGAAAUAUCGUUAUUGUAAUUGUCUUUGUUUAUUAGUUCAUUAAUCUUUUAUAUUAUACAAAUAAUAAUACAGUUAAUCCCAAUUUGAUGAGUAAUUGACUACGUCACUUUCCUGAUAAAUGAUGCGCGCUGCGCUUCUUCGAAAAAUAAUCUCUUGGUGUGUAUUUUUAAGCAAAUCAGGACAUGAUUUUGAAAAAAAAAUAAAAAUCAGGAAACAAUUAUUGCAGGAAUCUAACCUGCCGUGUUAGUGAUGUAGUCAGAUACUUGUGAAAUAAUGAUUAAUCUUCUUCGUAUUUGAUAAGUAUUCAUCAAUUAAUCCCAUUAUUUAAAUUUUCAUUCACUUGAUUGCGCACUCGACAACCAAUGAGAAUUUCAGUGGUUGUUUAAGAUCAUUCGGUAAGAGGAUAUUAAUAUUAUGAAUAUAUCUGCCUACAUAAUAAUUCCCGAAGAGGGCAUGAUA